AUGAAGCAACUGUUAGUUCUUAUUGCGGUCUUUGCCGUUGCUCACGGUUUAGGAGCAUGGAAGGGAGGUUUAAAAGUGAGGUUUGGGCCGAACCCAUUGGGCAUCGGUUCCAAUUACUUCAUAAGCGUACCUCGUACGGUAGCUGAGGCUAAGAAUUCCCGCUGGGUGCUGACUCCUCGCCCCGAGGGACCGAUGCCUGAGCUUGUGCUAUACUGCCCCUCUACACGUGACCGUACUCUGUGUGCUCUAUACGAUGAUACCGCAUACGUAGCAGGCCUUCAGAUUGCUCUUGACCAAUCCAAGUUCAAAGAUGGCAUUUUCGACUGGGCGGUACAAGGUUUCACCACAUGGACUCCACCAGUGUCUGCUCUCGAUACUCCUAGAACAUACCAGACCAUACAGCAAUACUUCAUUAGCGAAGCACACCUCGAAGUGAGCGCACAUGAUCGUAUUGUGGCGCGUAAUAAAGAUACAACACUGCAAUUUGAGGACGUAUGGGUGACUGGUUUCAACAAGGAGCGGAUGGCUAUCUCUCGUGAUGCUAACGUAAUCGCCAAUACAGCCGUCAGCGGUUUCACCAAACAGGCGUGCAUCCCAUUGAUGGGUCGUCAUUAUUACUACAACAUGACAGCGACGACCGAGUGCACAGCCUCCAGCCUCUUGCCGUGGUUCCCACUUGUGCACUCCGGCGAGCUCAUUGGUAUGGGUGCCGUCAUCUUCGGCAAACUUGACGAGAAGGAUCUUGUUAAGGAUUACUUCGAGAGACCGCCUGUGACCGCCGUCAAGGUUAUCGUCCCAGACGGCCCUCAGUGUUUGUACGACCUGGCUGGUUCACCUGCCUUGCUCACCAUGCACUCUUAUUAUAUUAACACACCUUGGUUGGUCGACUGCCUAUUCCAGUAAAAAUGUUAAGUGUUAGUUUGCAAAGAUCGAUGUUAAUUGAAUUAUUAUAACGACUUUAUAUAUAACGAAAAUAAAUAUUUUCUCUAAAUGAUGACUAUUUUUUAAUGAG